AUGCGGUACCCCUCUCGUCGCUUCUCGCCGGCCGCCACCUCGGCUCGCACGAUGGUUGCGCUGGAGCACCUCGGAGGCUCCAGCUUCCUGCUCGCGUCGAGCAUGUUACCUCUUCCGGAGUGCUUGACACUGUCGCUCGUCCGUGGUGCUCUCUGGUCCCAGAGUGCUAAAGAUCGUGACUCUCUAGAACUCUUCGAUUUUCGUUGCAUAUGCUCAGUCUUUGGAGGCUGGUGUUUAUUAUUAUUGAUAGGAAUUCCUCUUCUGUUCAUAAAAUACAUUUUGCCUUUAUUUCCCUAUACAAAGCAUGCAGGUUAUAAAAAGUUCUUUAUUUCCCCUUUGUUUCCUCUAUCAGGGGUCUCCAGCUCUCCUGAAUGCUCCUGUGGGCGCAACCACUUCACGUGCGCAGUCAGUGCGUUUGGGGAGUGCACGUGUAUUCCUGCGCAGUGGCAGUGCGAUGGCGACAAUGACUGUGGGGACCACAGCGAUGAAGAUGGCUGCAUGCUGCCUACCUGCUCCCCACUGGAUUUCCACUGCGACAAUGGAAAGUGCAUCCGCCGCUCCUGGGUCUGCGACGGCGACAACGACUGCGAGGACGAUUCCGAUGAACAGGACUGUCCACCCCGGGAAUGUGAGGAGGACGAGUUCUCGUGCCAGAAUGGAUACUGUAUCCGAAGCCUGUGGCACUGCGAUGGGGACAAUGACUGCGGAGACAACAGCGACGAGCAGUGCGAUAUGAGGAAAUGCUCAGAGAAGGAGUUUGGCUGUGCCGACGGGAGCUGCAUCGCUGAGCACUGGUUCUGUGACGGAGACACUGACUGUAAGGAUGGAUCUGACGAGGAGUCGUGCCCCUCUGACGUUCCUGCCCCAAGCUGCAGUGUGGAGGAGUUUCAGUGCGCCUAUGGACGCUGCAUUCUGGAUAUUUAUCACUGUGACGGUGAUGACGACUGCGGCGACUGGUCUGACGAGUCGGACUGCUCCUCCCACCAACCCUGCAGGUCUGGAGAAUUCAUGUGCAACAGUGGCUUAUGUAUUAACUCUGGGUGGCGCUGUGACGGUGACUCUGACUGCGACGACCAAUCGGAUGAGAAGAACUGCACAACUUCCGUCUGUACCUCCGACCAGUUCCGCUGCAGUUCGGGUCGCUGCGUCCGACUUUCAUGGCGCUGCGAUGGGGAGGACGACUGCUCGGAUAACAGCGAUGAGAGAGGCUGUGAGAAAACUGGCUCCCCCCAGUGUGCGCAGGACCAGUUUCUGUGCAGUAAUGGACGCUGCAUCGGGCAACGGAAACUCUGCAAUGGGGUAAACGACUGUGGGGACGGCAGCGACGAGAGCCCCCAUCAAAACUGCCGGCCACGCACCGGAGAGGAAAACUGCAACCACCAAAAUGGAGGCUGUGAGCAGAAGUGCCAGACGGUGCGAGGACUUGUGCAGUGCACGUGCCAGACAGGAUACCGGCUGAGGGAUGAUGGGAGAACUUGCCAGGAUGUGGAUGAGUGUGCUGAGGAAGGCUACUGUAGCCAAGGCUGCAGCAACUCCCAGGGUGGAUUCCAGUGUUGGUGCGAAGCCGGAUACCAAUUACGGCCGGACAAGCGAAGCUGCAAAGCCCUUGGACCAGAGCCGGUUUUACUCUUUGCCAAUCGAAUUGACAUCCGUCAGGUCCUUCCUCAUCGCUCGGAGUAUACUCUGCUCCUCAAUAACCUGGAAAAUGCCAUCGCCUUGGACUUCCACCAUGAGCAUGAGCUGGUCUUCUGGUCUGAUGUCACCCUGGACCGUAUCAUGAGGGCCAAUCUCAAUGGCAGCAACGUGGAAGAGGUCGUGUCUACUGGCCUUGAAAGUCCAGGGGGUCUGGCAAUCGACUGGAUCCAUGACAAACUGUUCUGGACAGACUCUGGAACCUCUCGAAUUGAAGUCUCCAAUCUAGAUGGUUCUCAUCGCAAGGUCCUCCUGUGGAACAACCUGGAGAAACCCAGAGCUAUUGCUCUACACCCCAUGGAGGGCACCAUCUACUGGACAGACUGGGGUAACGUACCACGCAUUGAAUAUUCCAGCAUGGACGGGUCCAACCGCCGUGUUAUUGCCGACACGCACCUUUUCUGGCCCAAUGGCUUGACCAUUGACUAUGCUGGACACCGCAUCUACUGGGUGGAUGCCAAGCACCAUGUGAUUGAGCGGGCCGACUUGGAUGGAUCCAAUCGCAAAGCUGUCAUUAGUCAAGGGCUCCCGCACCCAUUUGCUAUCACAGUGUUUGAGGACAGCCUUUACUGGACUGACUGGCAUACUAAAAGCAUCAACAGUGCCAACAAAUUCACCGGAAAGAACCAGGAGGUGAUACGGAGCAAACUGCACUUCCCUAUGGAUAUCCACACCCUGCACCCACAGCGGCAGCCCACAGGAGCAAACCGAUGUGGUGUAGAUAAUGGGGGAUGCUCCCACCUCUGCCUCCCUGGUGGUCAAACCUUUUCUUGCGCCUGUCCGACUGGAUUCCGAAAGACUGGCCUUAAUACCUGUGCUAAGAGUCUUGACAAGUUCCUGCUUUUUGCUCGAAGGACGGACAUCCGGAGGAUCAGCUUCGACACGGACGACCUGUCCGACGAUGUCAUCCCCCUGUCUGACGUGCGUAGCGCUGUGGCGCUGGACUGGGACGCAACUGAAGACCUCAUGUAUUGGACCGACAUCACUACGGACUCCAUUAACCGUGCUAAGUGGGAUGGGAGUGAACAAGAGGUCAUCAUAGACACCAGUUUGGAAAGCCCAGCAGGCCUGGCCAUAGACUGGGUUACCCAUAAACUGUAUUGGACUGAUGCAGGCACAGACCGGAUAGAGGUGUCAAACACAGAUGGAUCCUUGAGGAGCGUUUUAAUCUGGGAGAAUCUGGACAGACCAAGAGACAUUGUGGUGGACCCUAUAGGAGGGUUCAUGUACUGGACAGACUGGGGGGCCAACCCAAAGAUAGAACGUGCAGGAAUGGAUGCCUCUAGUCGGCUGGUCAUCAUUUCCUCUAACCUGACCUGGCCCAAUGGGCUGGCUAUUGACUAUGAAUCUGAAAGGUUAUACUGGGCUGAUGCCGGCAUGAAAACCAUAGAGUCGGCGAAACUGAAUGGAGCAGAUCGAAUGGUACUGAUCGGAACUGAUCUCCCGCAUCCCUUUGGGCUUACCCUCUACGGAGACCAGAUUUACUGGACUGACUGGCAGUCGAAGAGCAUUGAGACCGCUGAUCGCAAGACUGGACUUGGACGCAGAACUGUGCAAGCGAAUCUAGAGAAUCUGAUGGACAUUCACGUGUUCCACCGCCACCGAACCCAAGUUCCUUCUGCAUGUUCCAUUGAUAAUGGAGGUUGCAGCCAUAUCUGCCUUCUAGCUCCAAAACCCAAAGGGCACAGCUGUGCCUGUCCCACUGGGGUCAAUCUACUGAGCGAUGGCAGGACAUGCUCAUCUGGAAUGGAUCGCUUCCUUAUCUUUGCUCGGAGGACAGACAUCCGCUCUGUCUCCCUGGACAUCCCUUACUUUGCCGACGUUGUGGUUCCCAUCAAUGCAACGAUGAAAAACACCAUUGCUGUGGGAGUGGAUCCUUUGAAAGGUCUGAUAUACUGGGCAGACAGCACCCUCAGGAAAAUUAGCCGAGCAGCUCUGGAUGGAUCCAAUCACCAGGACAUUAUAACCACUGGUUUGGUGACCACAGAUGGACUGGCCGUGGAUGCGAUUGGCCGAAAGCUGUACUGGACAGACACUGGGACCAAUCGGAUAGAAGUUGCGAAUUUGGACGGUACCAUGCGGAAGGUGCUAGUGUGGCAGAAUUUGGGCAGCCCCCGAGCUAUUGCUCUGUACCAUGAGAUGGGAUACAUGUAUUGGUCCGACUGGGGAGAAAACGCCAAGCUUGAGAGGGCAGGAAUGGAUGGUUCCGAACGAAUGGUUCUAAUAAGCCUAAACUUGGGCUGGCCCAAUGGACUGGCAGUGGACAAAGCUGGAUCCCAGUUGCUGUGGGCUGAUGCACAUACAGAGAGGAUAGAGGCCUCUGACUUAAUGGGACGGAACAGGCGUAUCCUGGUGUCUCCCGUGCAGCACCCGUAUGGCCUGACUCUGCUGGAUGCUCAUAUCUACUGGACAGACUGGCAGACACGCAGCAUCCAAAGGGCAGAUAAAGACACCGGUGGGAACAUCAUUGUGGUCAGAGACAAUUUACCUGGACUCAUGGAUAUUCAGGCCGUGGAUAGAACUCACGCUUUAGGCUACAACAAGUGUGGAGAUAAAAAUGGAGGCUGUUCUCACCUGUGCCUGCCCAACUCUACCAGUUUUUCCUGUGCCUGCCCAACUGGUAUCCAGCUCAAAGAUGAUGGAAAGACGUGCAACCCUUCUCCGGAUACCUACCUGCUCUUCUCCAGCCGUGGAUCCAUCCGCAGGAUCUCCUUGGAUACGGAAGACCACACAGAUGUAUACGUGCCCAUCCCGGAGUUACACAACGUCAUCUCUCUUGAUUACGAUAGUGUGGAGGGAAAAAUCUACUACACUGACGUCUUCCUGGAUGUGAUCAGGAGGUCGGAUCUAACCGGUACCGGUAUGGAAACAGUCAUUGGUGAGGGGCUGAAGACCACAGAUGGGCUGGCUGUGGAUUGGGUUGCCAGGAAUCUGUACUGGACAGACACUGGUCGGAACACCAUUGAGGUAUCGAGGCUGGAUGGGCGGCAUCGGAAGGUGCUGGUCAAUAAUAGCCUGGACGAGCCUCGUGCCAUCGCUGUAUUUCCCAGGAAGGGUUUCCUAUUCUGGACGGAUUGGGGACAAGUGGCCAAGAUUGAGAGGGCCCACCUGGAUGGCUCUGACCGGAGGACAAUCAUUAAUACCGAUCUUGGUUGGCCCAAUGGAUUGACACUUGAUUAUGACAGUCGCAGGAUUUACUGGGUGGAUGCCCACCUGGAUCGUAUCGAGAACGCUGAUCUAAAUGGGAAGAUGCGCCAUGUACUGAUCAGUCAAGUCUCUCACCCAUUUGCCCUUACACAGGAGGGACGCUGGAUCUACUGGACAGACUGGCAGACAAAGUCCAUCCAGCGAGUAGACAAAUUCUCUGGAAGGAACAAGGAGACCGUUUUGGGCAACGUGGAGGGGCUGAUGGACAUUAUUGUGGUGUCUCCGCACAGACAGACCGGUAUUAAUCCUUGUGGGAUCAAUAAUGGUGGUUGCUCGCACCUCUGCUUUGCUCGCUCCAUUGAUUACGUGUGUGCCUGCCCUGAUGAGCCGGAUUCGGAACCAUGCUUCCUCCUUCCUGGUUAUCAGCCAUCAGAUCCCCACCCGACCAAUAGCAGUGAGAAGAGCUCAGGCCCAUUUAUUUCCAACACUGAGAGUGAUCAAGACGACAGUACGCUCAGAGCCACACCAAGAAGUUGCUCAGAUGAGACGGGCUCUCCGGUUCUCUGUGCAUCUAACGGGCCCGUGCCAGCCCAUGCAGGAGACAGGCUGCGGGUCCCGUAUAUCAUUGCUGGAUCCCUAUCGCUGCUCUGCCUGUUGCUGUUACUCUGUGCUCUUCUCAUCUACAGGCACCGGCGGGCCAAGCUGUCGGACCAAGGGCUGGGCACCCUCACGUACAGCAACCCCUCGUAUCGCACAUCCACCCAAGAGGUGAAAAUCGAGGCCGUGCAAAAAAUGAAUACCAGUCUGCAUCGACAUCGCAAAGAGGCUGUUCCAGACAGUGGUUUUACCAAAGAGAAGAUACGGAUUCUGGAGGGCUUUGGUUUACUGUCUGGGGAGGAGUGUGAAUGGGAUCACCUGAAGCAGGUCAAGCCAUCUCGAACCAGCAUCCUCCGGGACCACGUAUGCAUUAAGACAGACACGGUGUCGCUACAGGCCAGCACGGCCUCUCUGGACCUGACCGAGACACAGCAGCUACUGCAGGAGGAGCAGUCUGAGAGCAGCAGCGUCGUGCUUCCCCCCAGCCCCGAGCGACGGGUCUCUCUCCCAGACACGGGCUGGAGGGUCAAACACUCGCCUUCCACCGAGAGCGACGUGUGAGGCUGCCGGGAACACGAGAAGCGGGUUAGAGAUACAGACUCUUCAGCCCUCCUACUCAUUAGGAGACUUCAUAUUUGUGGUCCUCAUCUUGGCUUCCAUAAACAUUGGGAAACUGUACAGUGCUGGGAUUUGUGGGAGACGACAGAUUCUAUCCAACGGCCUCAGGUCUUCGCUGCUUCAAGGACUCGUAUGCUGUUGGGUGGUAAUAUGGAGAAAACUAUGAAGAAGUCUCUUGAUAGACCAGGAAACAUCAUGAGAUGUUCUUCAUGGACCUUCUUGCACAGGUUACGUACGUUCUGAAAUAUGUCAUUAGUAAACCAAUAUGCUGAACCCCCAGUUGGACUUGUUACUCUGAUGGCAUUGCUCUACUGGAACCCUCCCUGCUUCUCACACCAUCAGUGCAAACGGACUAAUCCCGUCUCCGAUUUCCAGAAUUUCCCGCUAUGUGCAAGUAAAGGCCAACUAACCCUCAGCUCGACCUCCCUGCAACAUGACUGCUGGUUCUGCAGGCCAGGUCCGUGCAAGAAUAAAAACACUGAUUCGCCAGGUUUAAAAACAAAAAGAUAUGUCUAAUUUUUAUACUAAGUCGGAACAAGAAAACUCUCUGCCGUGGGUUGUUUAUUUUAUAAUUUUUUUUUUUUUUUUUAACAAUGAUGUCUGGAUGUUAUUUUCUAUUUUAUUUAACCUGUAAACUGGGUAUUUUAGACUUGUUGUGAUAACUUAAUAUAAAAAUAGGGUUUUUUUUGUA